AUGGGAUGUAAUAUGUGCGUGGUUCAGAAACCGGAGGAGCAGUACAAAGUGAUGCUUCAGGUGAACGGGAAGGAGCUCUCCAGGCUGUCUCAGGAGCAAACCCUAGAGGCCCUGCGCGCCUCCAAGGAGCCCCUGGUGAUCCAGGUGCUGAGACGCAGCCCCCGUCUGCGGGGGGACAGCUCCUGCCAUGACCUUCAGCUGGUGGACAGUGGCACUCAGACCGACAUCACCUUCGAGCAUAUCAUGGCGUUGGGCAAGCUGCGCCCGCCCACCCCACCCAUGGGCAUCCUGGAGCCGUACGUCCUCUCUGAGCUCCCCCCCAUCAGCCAUGAGUAUUAUGACCCGGCGGAGUUCAUGGAGGGCGGCCCGCAGGAGGCAGACCGUAUGGACGAACUGGAGUAUGAGGAGGUGGAGUUAUAUAAAAGCAGCCACCGAGACAAGCUGGGCCUGAUGGUAUGCUACCGCACAGAUGACGAGGAGGACCUGGGCAUCUACGUCGGAGAGGUAAACCCCAACAGCAUUGCAGCCAAAGACGGCCGGAUCCGUGAGGGAGACCGCAUCAUCCAGAUUAACGGCAUGGAUGUCCAGAACCGAGAAGAGGCAGUGGCUAUCCUGAGCCAGGAGGAGAACACUAAUAUCUCCCUGCUGGUGGCCCGGCCUGAGAGCCAGCUAGCGAAACGGUGGAAGGACAGCGAUCGGGAUGACUUCCUAGACGACUUUGGCUCUGAGACUGAGGGGAAGCUGAAGUCGCCCCCUGCGCAGCAGCCUGGAAAUGAGGAGAAGAGGGCUCCCGAUGUAGGCGCAGGCCUGAGCAACAGUCAGGAGCUGGACAGCGGCGUAGGCCGGACCGAUGAGAGCACCCGCAAUGAAGAGAGUUCAGAACAUGACCUGCUGGGGGAUGAGCCCCCGAGCACCACCAACACCCCGGGAAGUUUACGCAAGUUUGGUCUGCAAGGGGACGCCCUGCAGAGCCGGGACUUCCACUUCAGCAUGGACUCCCUGCUGGCCGAGGGGGCGGGGCUGGGGGGAGGGGACGUGCCCGGCCUCACCGACGAGGAGUAUGAGCGCUACCGGGAGCUGCUGGAGAUCAAGUGCCACCUGGAGAAUGGCAACCAGCUGGGCAUUCUCUUCUCCCGGGCCUCCAGUGGUAACAGCGCCUUGGAUGUCAACCGCAAUGAGAGCCUGGGCCAUGAGAUGGCGAUGCUGGAGGAGGAGCUCCGGCACCUGGAGUUCAAGUGCCGCAACAUCCUUCGGGCGCAGAAAAUGCAGCAGCUGCGGGAGCGCUGCAUGAAGGCCUGGCUGCUGGAGGAAGAGAGCCUGUACGACCUGGCGGCCAGCGAGCCCAAGAAGCACGAGCUCUCAGACAUCUCGGAGCUGCCAGAGAAGUCAGAUAAGGACAGCACCAGCGCCUACAACACGGGGGAGAGCUGUCGCAGCACGCCGCUGCUGGUGGAGCCCCUGCCCGAGAGCCCUCUGAAGCGAGCCGCAGCUGCUAACUCCAACUUGAAUCGGACCCCAGCAGGCCCCCCUGUCGCCAGCCACCCUAAGGCGGCCCCUCCACCAGGGAGCCCUGCCAAGUUCCGAUCCCUCUCCCGGGAUCCCGACGGGGGCCGGAGACAGCAUGCAGAGGAGCGUGUCCGCCGCAGUCCCAAGUCUGGGGUGACCCUGGAGCGCGUGGGCCCUGAAGGCAGCCCUUACCUCUCGAGGCGCCACCGGGGCCAGGGCCAGGAGAGCGAGCACUACCACAGCUGUAUGCAGCUGGCCCCGACGCGUGGCUUAGAAGAGCUGGGCCACGGCUCAUUGGGGUUGGCCGCGGGUCCACGGGUGGGUGGGGUGGUGGCCGCAGCUGCUGAAGCGCCCCGCAUGGAGUGGAAGGUGAAGGUGCGCAGCGACGGCACCCGCUACGUGGCCAAGCGGCCCGUGCGAGAUCGACUGCUGAAGGCCCGGGCCCUGAAGAUCCGGGAGGAGCGCAGUGGCAUGACCACCGAUGACGAUGCUGUGAGCGAGAUGAAGAUGGGCCGCUACUGGAGCAAGGAGGAGCGGAAGCAGCACCUCAUCCGUGCCCGCGAGCACCGGAAGCGGCGCGAGUUUAUGAUGCAGAGUCGGCUGGAGUGUUUGAGGGAGCAGCAGAAUGGUGACAGCAAGCCCGAGCUCAACAUCAUUGCCUUGAGCCACCGCAAGACCAUGAAGAAGCGAAACAAGAAGAUUCUAGACAACUGGAUCACCAUCCAGGAGAUGCUGGCCCACGGUGCACGCUCUGCCGAUGGCAAGCGCGUCUACAACCCUCUGCUCUCCGUCACCACUGUCUGAGUUAUCCAGGCAACCGGGCCCCAGGCCUGAAGGGUCCCUAGAGCCUGGCUGCCCCUCACCCUCCCCUAGAAUCUAGUAUGUGUGUCUAUGUGUGUGUGCUUGCACGCUGUGCUUGUGCACCACUCCUACCUGUCUUUUGUGUGUGCACAGGACUUUGCUAAGCAGAGAAGAUGCAAGAAGGGGCACUUCCUUCCCAACACAUGCUUCCUUCUCCCCAAGUAAAGAGACCAUGUUGUUCACACCAAGUAUUAAGGGCAUACCUAUAGUGGAUUGUGUGUGCGUGUGCGCACACACUGAUGACACACACCCAGCUGCUUGAAGUGAUUAUUUGGAGACAAGGAAGUGGGUGCAGAGUGGGGGGCAGUGGGCUUCCCUAAGCACAAGAGCGCAGCCUCUCCCCCGCCCCUGGGAGCUGCAGUUAUUUGUAGAAAAAGGCAACCCUGAAUGUUGUGGUUUCCCCCUUUCUGUGCUUGCCAAUAGUUGUUUUUCUGUUUUGUGGACCUGCUCUGGGGGCUGGCAGCUCCUUCAGGCAGCCUGAGGAAGGUG